AUGAGUGCAGAAGCAUGGCUUUUCCUUUUUGCCGUCGUCCUGGCUGCCGUAUUACUUUUCACAGCCGUCUUCUACAUCAUCAUGUUCUCGGAUUUGGAAUGCGAUUACUUGAAUCCAAUCGAUCUCUGUAAUAAGAUGAAUCAAUUCGUCCUACCCGAGAUGGGUGCACACAUGUUCCUAGUACUCCUGUUUGUUCUAAGUUUCCAGCUGGUAGCUACUCUGAUCAACGUACCACUGGUCGCUUGGAACGUGAACAAGGUGAUGAAAAAAACACACAUGUAUGACGCGACCGAGAUCUUCCGAACAUUGGCACAGCACAAAAAGGAAUCCUUCUUCAAACUAGGGUUUUACUUAUUAUCUUUCUUCUACUAUCUAUUCCGGAUGAUUGCCGCACUAGUGGCGGAUGAAGUCUAA